AUCCGAGGAAGUAGUAAACAGCAGCACACAGCGCUAGUACGCCAGCUCGAUUGGUGCUGUAUUACUAUUAUUCUGCACUUUUACCCGAUUUGGGCGAUUUGGACAUCAUAUAAUUUGGUAAAUCAAACAAGGAAAUCUUCAAAAUGGAAUUCGGCGGGAAGUUUGUUUACCUGAAGAAGAAGAGGAGCAAGGAAGACGCUUCUAAGGUGGAGGAAGAUGAUGAAGAAGAGACUUAUUGUGUCGAAGAACUCGACCAGGGACUAAAUAAGCAGUGUAUGCCAGGAGCUACUGCUGAUGAUGGCAAGACAUGCAUGUUGGAUAUUUUAGACUCCGCAGGACAAGAGGAAUUUUCAGCCCUAAGGGAGCAGUAUGUUCGAAAUGGCCAGUGCUUUAUCAUUGUCUAUGCGAUUGACAACAGAAAAUCAUUUGAAGAAGCUAUCAACAUUUACAAAUGGAUCCAACGUAUGAGACGGACCGGCAAAACACCCACGGUUCUUUGUGGCAAUAAGUCUGAUCUCUCUGACCUAAGAGAAGUUCCCAAGGAUGAGGGUGAGAAAGAGGCAAAGGAUAAUGGCAUCUUGUUCUUUGAGACGUCGGCUAAGACUGGAGACAAUGUGACAGAGAGUUUCCAUGCACUGGUGCGAAACACACCACGGACAAGUUCCACAUACAAGGCUGUGGUUCUAGGCGCAGGAGGUGUAGGCAAAUCAGCCAUCACUCUGCGAUUUGUGAACGACUCUUUUGUGGACGAUUACGACCCGACAAUUGAAGACAACUAUGUGAAACAAGUGGUGGUGGAAAAUAUUCCAAAGGAAAUGCUCUCAGCAGAACCAGGAGAACAAGUUCCUGAUGUACCCAAGAGAACGACAUCCAGCAAUCCUCUCAGUUGGGUUUUCAAAAGAGGCUCCAAGAUUCUUGGCACAGUUGCUGGCCCACCACCCCUUGGCACAGAUGCUGCCCCACCACCCCUACCACAUCGUGGCGUGGGUUCGGCUGAUUCCAAAUCCAAGAAGAAGAUGGUGUACCGCAAGGCAGACGCUAACGUUGUGCUGUUGUCCUUAGGCACCCUUGAGGAUGAGCCGACAGUGAUAACGGGGGAUCCUGUGCACUGCAGUAAGUGUCAAUCUGUGCUUUCCCUAAUCUCACAUCUGGAAGUUGCCGACGAGGGUGGUGACGGCAAUAAACAAUGGAAAUGCGAGUUCUGCAGUCAGGUCAAUGACAGUUUGGAUAUUGAAGAAGAAGAGAUUCCUAAGGAGAAGAGUGUUGACUACCUCCUUGCUGCAGCUGAAGGGAAGGCCACAUCAUCGGACAAGGCUGGUGGAGACAACAUGGCAGCGUGUACAGGCACAACAGUAUACUGCAUUGAUAUAAGCGGCUCUAUGGCAUCUACCACACAGAUCUCAAACCUCCAAUCUGAAUGGAUGGCAGUGCAGGGGCAAGGAACAGCGGGGCCUCAAUACGUCUCCAGAUUGGCAUGCAUGCAAAUGGCAGUCAAGAGACAGCUGGAACGAUACGAGUUGGAGAACCCUGACAAAAAGGUCAUGUUGGUGACAUUCACCCAAGAGGUCAAAGUUUACGGGGACUGCUCUGAGCUUCCCGUCACCAUCACUGGGCAGAAACUAAACGACACUCAAGUCCUCAUAAAUGAAGGAAAGGAAAUAGCGACAAGACUCAACACACAGCCACUCAGUGUGACCUGCAAUCCUCUGAAACAACAAGUCUCACAGCUCUCUGAGGCUGGCUCAACGGCCCUUGGACCAGGCCUAGCGGUCUGCCUUGGCCUUCUGGCUAAGCAGCCUGGCUCUGAGAUCAUUCUCUGCACUGAUGGCAUGCCCAAUCAAGGAGUCGGUUCUCUACAAGGGAGAGCUAAUGAUACAGAUUUCUAUGAUGAGGCUGGCCGUAUCGCAGAGGAGCAGCAGACAACCAUCUCCAUCAUUGGCAUUAAGACGGAUGACCACUGUGCCUUUGAGCAAGUCAGUAGGUGCGUCUCCAUCUCCUCGGGGACGGUCAAUAUCCUAAACCCUCAGGAGCUGACCAGACAGAUACGUAACCUUGGCCAAGCAAAGGUCAUCGCAACCAACGUUCAGGUCACUCUCAUGCUUCACCCGACCCUGCAGUUUGACCCGGAAACUGAAGGCGCGGAGGCUGCAAAGAAGAGCAAGAUCGUCAAGAACUUUGGCAACAUCCAGCAGUCAACUGACUUGACUUUCAGCUUUCAGCUACGACCCGAGAACAGCGCCCAGGAGUUACAGAAAUUACCAUUCCAGGUUCAGAUCAAGUACACAAAGAUGGACGGGCGUCGUUUCCUUCGCAUCAUCACUGAGGAACGUGAGGCGACUACUGAUAGGCAGCAAAUGGAAGAGACCAUGAAUGCUGCAGUGACGUCAGUCGCAGCUAUGCGUCAAGCCGCAGCUCUGGCUCAACGGAAUCAAACUGAAGAAGCUAGGCUUCAUUUGUUUUCCAAUAGACGAUUUUUAAGCCGGGGACAAGCGAACCACAGUGGACACGCAGAAUCAGCUGCCAGCUAUUUGGUGGCCGCUUCAAAUCUCGAUGAUAUGCUUCAGAAAAGGACUGCUAGUGGACCAACAAAGAUGAAGGGACGUUCUGCCAGUGCAAAGAUGCGGAAAGGUCAAGCGCCAAAACUAGGUGCUCUCAGCAAUGAUGAUGAUGAUGAUGAAGUGGAUGAUGACAUGUAUUCUGCUCAGCUUAACCAGCAUACCAGGUCCAACCUUCAGUCCUACAUGCCAGCAAAAUCUAAAGCCAGCUAUGCAAAGAAGAACAGGUCUGUUCCUAACACAGCAAUAAGAGAGCAAUACUACAACAUUAAGUCAUCUGAUGACUUGAAGAAGAAAUAAUUCAUUCACAAGCUUGCUGAUUAUUCUGAAGCGCUUGUUCGGGUGACAACCGUGCUGCAGUAUAUCGGACCAUUACAAAAAGAAUUUUGUUUAUGAAAUGGGCAAAGUGGACACUUAAAAGAGAGGAGUAUAUUCUUUGUUAACUUUAUAUACCAUACAAAAACAACCUGUGAACAUUUCAUCAAUAUUGCUGGUUAUGUUCUACAGACGUGCAGCAACUUUCUAAUUGCAAAAAAGAGAGAGGAAAUGGGCGAUCACACUUAACUUUUGUACAAUGUCUUUCAGUA